UUUUAAAUAUUUUUUAUUGUGCAGCUAAAAAAAUCAAAUUUCAGGGUUUAUGCUCAAACCUCUUGAAACUGGUUUUCGAAUUUGAUGUAUUUGUUUUUGAAUGUACAGUUUCUAGGUUUUAGGUUGUUGCGCUGUUAGUUACUACACUAACUUGAAUUUUAAACUCAAAUUUAAAAAUAGAAAAUUUAGACUAUAUGGAUCCUCUGAUCCUUUGUUUGGUCCUAUUCUGCUUCUUUUGAAGAGGUGUGUUUUUGUCUACAAUGUUUGUCAAGUAUAUAUUUUGAAUUCUCGGCCAUAGCAUAUAAUUUUUGUCUACUGUGACUUUAAUCACAGUAGUUUGAUGGCUUUCCCCUUAUGUCAUAUAUUGUUUGGUGUGAAGUCUGCCUAUCAAAUUAAUGAUAACGUUUGAAUGUGAAUUAAUUAUUUUUAUGAGGGUUUUCUUAUAGAAAAUCUGACUUGGUUUUUUAACAAAUCUUAUACUGUAAUUGCCACAUGUUAUCCAACAGAAUUUUCAAUAUAGCGAUGAGAAUUGGGCGUAGGCAUCUCCUAACAGCUCUGUAAGGAGUUAUAAAGCAGCUUGUUUCUCUAUCCUGCCGAAUCAAUAAUUGAAAUAUUAGCUGAAACUUUAUUUUUUGGUUGGAGGAAUCUAGAGCAUUAACAAUUACUAAAAGCUGUGUGAGGGAGUUCCAAAGGGGAGACAAUGGACUACAUGAAUGGGCCAGGAAGGAACCAUCUUUUUGUUCCAGGACCUGUCAAUAUCCCGGAACAAGUUAUCCGUGCAAUGAACAGAAACAAUGAGGACUAUCGCUCGUCUGCCAUUCCUGCACUGACAAAGACUCUACUCCAAGAUGUGAAAAAGAUCUUUAAGACUACCAGUGGGACUCCAUUCCUGAUCCCAACUACAGGGACUGGAGCUUGGGAAAGUGCACUUACAAACACUCUGUCUCCUGGUGAUCGGAUUGUGUCUUUCCUUAUCGGGCAGUUCAGUUUGCUGUGGAUUGAUCAGCAGCAGCGUCUCAAUUUCAAUGUUGAUGUGGUCGAGAGUGAAUGGGGACAUGGGGCAAAUCUUGAUGUUUUGGGAUCAAAGGUGGCCGCAGAUUCAGCACAUUCCAUCAAGGCUGUUUGCAUUGUACACAAUGAGACUACAACCGGAGUUACAAACAACUUGGCUAUGGUUAGAAAAUUGCUUGAUCACUAUCACCAUCCAGCUCUCCUUCUUGUUGAUGGUGUGUCCUCCGUUUGUGCAAUUGAUUUCCGGAUGGAUGAAUGGGGUGUUGAUGUGGCAUUAACUGGUUCACAGAAAGCUCUGUCACUUCCUACGGGGAUAGGAAUUGUCUGUGCUAGCCCUAAGGCUCUUGAUGCCUCCAAAACUG